AUGUCGACCUCCGACGCAUCGAGCCAUGCCUUCAAAAAGUGGGCCAGCUUGCUCGUGCUCAUCUUCUUCACUUCGGUCACCAGCAUCGUUUCGCAACGCUCGCGCGGCGCCGGUCAGGCAAGGUACUCGAUCGCAACUUCCGUCUUCAUGUCGGAGCUCUUCAAGCUCUCGCUCGGUUUCGCCAUGGCAGUAUGUUCCAAACGAACACAGACUGCGCCCGCCACUGAUGGCACCACGCUGCCACUCUUCUCGGAAAAGAGGCCUUCGCAAGAUUCAGACGACGCCUCCUCUUCCUCCUCCUCCUCCUCGGACGGACGGCCUGUCUCGCCUGUCUCGCCUCGGUCGCCUCCCAUGGCUCCGACAGCGCCAUCCUUGCAAGACAAAGUACGUCAUGUGUUUGGCGAGAUCUACUGCCCCUCGGCGUGGAUGAUGGGCGUCCCUGCUCUGGUCUACGUCUGCCAAAAUAUGCUCCAGCUGGCCGCCAACUCGUACCUCAGCUCGAUCGCCUAUCAAGGUCUCUCGCAACUCAAGCUAAUUACGGCUGCCGUUAUCAGCUCGUACCUCUUCCGCACCACACUGCUUUCAUCGCGACAGUGGCUGUGCUUGCCCAUCCUCUUGACUGGCGUCGUGUUCUUGGUGCAGAAGCCCAUUUCGCACCACGAUGUCAUGGAUGCGGCAGCCAUGCUCAGCUCGACCGAGCCCGGGUUUGACUCGCCUUUCAAGCAUCGUCUAGCUGGCUCCACCGCCUUGCUGGGCAGUGCAGUGGCCCUGGCGCGUCAACACGCAAGCGCACAGUUGGCGGUGGGAGCCUUGCUCAUGGUGCUCGCCUGCACCUGCGGCAGCUACGCCGGCGUCUACAUCGAGACCAAAUUGAAGACGAGCAUGUCGGUUCCUCUGUCGGUGCGCAACGCUCAGCUCGCCACGUUUGCAAUGAUCACCGCCGGCGCGGCUGUGGUGUUUGAGGCCAUCGCACAGGCAAGGUGGGCGCCUUUUAACAACUUUACCGCGCUGGCUUGGUUUACCGUGGUGCUGCGUGGCCUCGCCGGCUAUGUCGUAUCCGCCACGUUGCGAUACGCCGACACCAUCAUGAAGGGCUUUGCGACCAGCCUGGCCAUCAUCACCACCAUCGCCAUGGAAAGCAUCCUGACCUCGCAACUGCCCUCGUCGACCCAAUUUGUGGGAAGCUCGCUCGUCUUGGCGAGCACGUAUUGCUAUAUUCGCGUCGGCGCAGCUCGCAAACCAUAA